AUGGGUGUGGCGUUGGCCAGGUCGGCACAGUGGACUGCUUCGGGGUAUGAGACUGGAACCCUGGAAAUCACUCCUCUGAAUGAGUCGAUACUGAAUGAAAUUACUAAGUUCGUGGAGUCUUUUUCUUAUAAAUAUCCCCAAGAGGCAAAAUUUGUUUUUGUAGAACCACUUGAGUGGAAAACAUAUUUGGAACCCUCAGCAUUUGAAUCGGGCUAUGUUGUCAGCUCGACAACAGUGGAAUCAGAAGAGGUUGAUAAAGAUGGACAGCCCCUGCUGCUUCUCUCUGUACCUUAUAUUAAAGUCAGGAGCUUUGGGCAACUGUCACAGUUGUUAUGCGUGGCCACAGACAGCAAGCAGCAGGAAGUACAGGCCUGUAUCGAAGCGAACAGAGACCCCAUAGUGAAGAUCCUGGGUCCAGAUUACGAUGAGAUGAAGGAGGAGUCCACGAGCUUGGCCCUUCUUGAUACGAUCAUCAAAGAUAAAGAGCUGUACAUUAAAAGGAAAGUCGCCAUCCUGCUGAAGCAGCUGGACCUGCACCUGCUCAACCAUUCCCUGAAGCACAUUUCACUGGAGAUCAGUUUGAAUCCAGGGACUUUUAAGAAAGAUAUUGAGUUGCUCAAACGUUUCUCAGGAAAAGGGGAGCAGACAGUGCUGGAAUGGAUCGAUUACACUUCAGAUUAUGAAUUUUCAAAUGGGUGUCGAGCCCCACCAUGGAGACAGAUUCAAGGGGAAAUGUGUUACGUGAUGGUGAAGCCACACGACGUGGAAACUCUGUGCCUCACCUGCAGCACAGAAGGGGUGUUUCUAAAUGGUGGGAAGGCAGAAGAGGAGGGAGAGAUUGACUAUGAGAGAAAAGGUGAAGUUUACAAGGACAUUGUGACAUGUUUAAAGGACCAAUCACCAGUAUUUUCAGAGAAUAUGUCUAAGCAGGAGAUUAGAUUUAAUGAGGAGCAACAGAAGGAUAGUCAGAUUUUUGAGAAACCCAAGACAGAAGAUGGGCCCUCAUCUACAACUGGCUCAGAGAAAAGUAAAGUUGAAAAGCUUUACUUUGGGAAAAGUCAUAUGACCAAGAGAUUAGAGCCAAGCUUAAACUGGAGAGCAACUGUUGAUUACAAAGACCACAAAAGCUCUACAAAGGAUAGCCAAGAGGAAAAACAAGGAAAAUUAGAAAAGUCAUCGACAUCUGUUUCCACGAGCCGUGGGCAGUUACUUCGUAAGGGUGGUGAGAAGGUUGAGGAGACCGUCAGUGAGAGCUCCUCAGAAAGUGAGGAGGAUGAGGAGCCUCUAGACCACCGCCAGGAAGCCAAUGCAGACCUCCCAUCGGAAUACUGGCAGAUUCAGAAGCUGGUGAAAUACUUAAAGGGGGGAAACCAGACAGCAACUGUAAUUGCCUUGUGUUCCAUGAGGGAUUUCAACCUCGCUCAAGAGACCUGUCAGCUGGCGAUUAGAGAUGUUGGAGGUCUUGAAGUCUUAAUAAAUCUGCUUGAUACGGAUGAAGUCAAAUGCAAGAUUGGUUCAUUAAAAAUCCUGAAGGAAAUCAGUCAUAAUCCUCAAAUCAGACGUAAUAUUGUUGACCUUGGGGGCCUACCAAUUAUGGUUAAUAUACUUGAUUCUUCACACAAGAGUCUUAAGUGUUUGGCAGCUGAGACGAUAGCAAAUGUUGCCAAGUUCAAGAGAGCCCGUCGAGCAGUGAGACAGCACGGAGGCAUUACCAAGCUGGUUGCUCUAUUGGACUGUGGACAAAAUUCAUCAGAACCAGCUCAGCCAAGCCUGUAUGAAACCAGGGACGUAGAAGUGGCUCGAUGCGGGGCUUUGGCCCUCUGGAGCUGCAGUAAGAGUCACUCGAACAAGGAAGCCAUUCGUAAAGCUGGGGGCAUCCCCUUGUUGGCUCGGCUGCUGAAGACCUCGCAUGAAAACAUGCUCAUCCCAGUGGUGGGAACACUGCAAGAAUGUGCAUCAGAGGAAAACUACCGAGCUGCCAUCAAGGCAGAGAGGAUCAUAGAGAACCUCGUGAAGAACUUGAACAGCGAGAACGAGCAGCUGCAGGAGCAUUGUGCCAUGGCCAUCUACCAGUGUGCUGAAGAUGAGGAAACCCGAGACUUGGUUAGACUGCAUGGAGGCCUUAAACCCCUGGCCACUCUACUGAACAACACAGACAAUAAAGAAAGAUUAGCUGCUGUUACUGGGGCAAUCUGGAAGUGCUCCAUCAGCAAAGAGAAUGUGAUUAAGUUUCGAGAAUACAAAGCCAUUGAGACACUGGUGGGACUUUUGACUGAUCAGCCUGAAGAAGUGCUCGUGAAUGUGGUUGGGGCCUUGGGAGAAUGCUGUCAAGAAUAUGAAAACCGGGUCCUAGUCCGGAAGUGUGGUGGCAUCCAACCUCUCGUGAACCUCCUGGUUGGAAUAAACCAAGCACUUCUUGUGAAUGUCACAAAAGCUGUUGGUGCAUGCGCAGUAGAACCAGAAAGUAUGGCGAUAAUUGAUCGCUUAGAUGGAGUUCGCUUAUUGUGGUCUCUGCUCAAAAACCCACACCCAGACGUGAAGGCCAGUGCAGCGUGGGCACUCUGUCCCUGCAUUGAAAAUGCGAAGGAUGCUGGAGAAAUGGUUCGCUCCUUUGUUGGUGGUCUGGAACUUGUUGUCAACCUACUGAAGUCAGACAAUAAAGAGGUCCUGGCAAGUGUCUGUGCCGCUAUCACCAACAUAGCAAAAGACCAGGAGAACUUAGCUGUUAUUACAGACCAUGGAGUCGUCCCUCUUUUGUCCAAACUCGCCAAUACAAAUAACGACAAGCUGAGACGUCACCUGGCAGAAGCUAUCUCACGCUGCUGUAUGUGGGGAAGGAACAGAGUGGCUUUCGGGGAGCACAAAGCAGUGGCCCCACUGGUGCGUUAUCUGAAGUCAAAUGAUACCAACGUGCAUCGAGCUACAGCCCAGGCCUUGUACCAGCUCUCGGAAGAUGCCGAUAACUGCAUCACCAUGCACGAGAACGGUGCUGUAAAGCUUUUACUGGAUAUGGUUGGGUCCCCAGACCAGGAUCUCCAGGAAGCAGCUGCUGGUUGUAUAUCCAACAUCCGAAGACUGGCUCUCGCUACGGAGAAGGCUAAAUACAAUUGAAAUGUGGGCGGACACAAGCUACCAAAUGUUCUGUCCAAGGAUAUACCACUCCCUUGGCCAGGAAGCCAGACUUGAGAAGCAUUCAUCAACCAAUCCUUCAAACAGCCUAAAGAAAAAAAAAUACAUGGAUUAAAACACAAAUACUUUUGGCUGAAAA